GAUGACAUGUACAAAUCUUCUCAUUAAUAAGAUUAGCUCAUUUUUAGCGAUUAUUCUUCACAAUACAAUCUUAAUCGGCCUUUUUAAAAAAACCAGUUGCCAUGGCGACCGCUCGAGAUUUGAAAGAUGUUUUAAAAGAAUCUCUUGCAAAAUCUGGAGUUUUAUCAGAAAUCCGUGCUCGUAUCCGAGCAGAAGUAUUUAACAUCCUUCAAGAUGAAACAGAACCUCCUCCACCAAUAUCAAAUGAAAAUGUUUUCAUCAAUGAACUGAUAAGAGAAUAUCUUAUCUAUAAUGGAUAUUUAUUUACAGAAUCAGUAUUGCUAGCAGAAUCAGGCCAUCCUCAGUUUCGAUUAGAAAGAGAACUUCUAAAAGAAAGAUUAAGAGUAAAGCCAGUUGAAGAAGCUGAUGACUUGCCUUUACUUUAUAGCUUAGUUUCCUACUUCUCAAAGGAAAACAAACCUUCUACAUCAGCAGAUGCUCCAACAGAACAGAAAUCUUGAUCAAAAAUAAAGUGAUAUUGUAUUUGAUAUUGUUGGUUUAUAAAGUGUAUACCUACAUUUAUAUGAAAUGAUUAUUAUUUAUAUCAUUAUUUAAGUAAAUUAUAACUGCAUAAAUAAGCUACUGUAAAUGAAUUAUAACCUUCUAUUUUUAUAA